AUGGCUAGACAAUUUUUGUUUCAUAUUUAUUUGAUUUUCAUUUAAUUGUCGUACAUAGUUUUUAUUAGACUUUGAAAUUUUAUUACCUAGCUCAUUUUCAUAGAUACCUUACCAAAAUCUAGUAAAACAAUCAAGUUUCAUCGAAAAUAAAUAAAUGAAUAACAAAGAUGAGCCAAUUUCAUUGAAUUAACUAAAAAAAGUGAGAUCCGAAUUAGCAUAAACUGAACCGAAAUAUAUUUCGGAUAUAUUUUGGUUCACCUUUAUAUUACCAUAACAGAACCGAAAUUUCAGAAAUCUGAGCAGAACUAAAUGACAAUUUGUUUGGUUCACAACUUCUCAGCUCUCAUAUCAUGUAUAUCCAUCCAAACCGACAUCGAUCCAAAUACCCUAAUACAGGUACAGCAACCAUAUGUUUCACUGUAUCAAAUCCAUUAGAAAAUCCGUACAUCAAACAAAAUUUCAAUCGACAACAAAGAAAGUAAAUGAUGCAUUCUUUAUGACACUACCUUCCCACGUUAUGCAUAUAAAAGAAGAUGCAUGAUACAUUCGUUACGAUGUUUACGUCCGCACGGCACACGUUAUGCAUAAUAAACAAACAAAAUAGAAUAAAUUGAUGAUGCACAUUCUUUACGAUAUAAUUUUCCACGUUAAUUCAUAUAAAAUACUAACAAAUUAAUGCAUCAACCAUCCCAUGAGGCCACUGACAACUGUUUACGCUGAAUCUUAUUAAUAAAAGAGCAUGUUCAAUAUAUAUAUGUGGCCUCUCUCUAUUUACCAUAUCCACAAACUUCAAUCCUUACAAACUUUGUGAGAGAAUGGCAUCGGUUUACUCCAUCCUAACCUACUGGCUCGUGAACCACCCCAACAUUGCCAACUUUACGUGGACCGAAGGUGAAACCCCUGGCUCCACCGUUUUUUUCGUCUCUGUUGUAGUCUCCGUUUACCUUUCCGCCACAAUCCUCCUCCGAUAUGCCAUGGUUUCACUCCCCUCACUCAGUCCCCGCAUUCUCAAACCAAUCACAGCCGUCCACAGCCUCAUCCUCUGCCUUCUUUCCCUAAUCAUGGCUGUCGGUUGCACUCUCUCCAUAACCUCAGACCCUACGACACGUUUUCUCCACGCUAUUUGUUUCCCAGUCCAUGUUGAACCUAAAGGACCGGUUUUCUUCUGGGCUCAAGUCUUCUACCUCUCGAAGAUCCUUGAGUUUGGAGACACACUCCUGAUCAUACUCGGCAAAUCAUUCAGGCGACUCUCGUUCCUUCACGUGUACCAUCAUGCGACUGUGCUGUUCAUGUGUUUCAUCUGGCUCCGAACCCGCCAGUCCAUGUUCCCCCUCGGAGUCCUGACGAAUUCGACGGUUCAUGUCAUUAUGUACGGUUACUACUUCCUAUGUGCCGUAGGAUGUAGGCCAAAGUGGAAGAGGCUGGUGACGGAUUUUCAGCUUGUGCAGUUUAUUUUCUGCUUCGGAAUAUUGGCCUUGAUGCUCUCUCAACAUUUUUUGGGGUCGGGUUGCUCCGGGAUUUGGGGGAUUUAUUUUACCGCUGCGUUUAAUGGUUCUCUCUUGGCUCUCUUCUUCAACUUCCGUUCCAAGAACUAUGUGAAGAAGACAACCGAGAUGAUUAAAUUGUCUUGAAUUGUUUAGAGUCUCGAUCUCUUCUUAUUUGUUGUUACUGGAAAAUGUUGGGAUAGUUUGAAAUUGUUUUACUAUGAAUAAGAUGACAAAACAUGUAUUAAAAUGUCACAUAAAUCAUGAAAUGACUUCUUUCUACGAUAUACAGCAUUCGCCAACCAACGUUUCGUUAAGUGACUAAUCAAACAUUUUAAUUAAUAAUAUCUCUAAAUUAUGUAGUGUAUGGAGUAUCUACAAUCGCACUCCCCAUUUCUAGUUUGUAGUCCAGAAUUUUUGUGAAGGCAGUAGUUGGUUUUUAGUUUUUUACAUAACGGGUUGACAAAUAAUAAAAUUCUUAAUACAUCAUUACAAACUAACUCUCCAUAGUCCAUAAUACAACAAGAAAAUGAGGAUAGAUAAAAAAUAGAAUAAGAAUAAAGAAACUCCUGCCAACCAAUCUCAGAAGAAGCUUCAUGUGUAUGAUUUGCUGGAUCCAUUCACUAACAAAAUUUUUGGGAUGCAUUGUGAUUUUCAUUUCGAGGUUUUAAAUUAUUCUAUGUUGAGUCUUGACUUUGGGAUGAAUUGAUCAGGUGUUAGCCAGAGAGACAACGUCGCUGCAAGCAAGAGAGUAGAUAUUAUAGUAGAGACAACGGAGCUGAUGCGAGGGUGGGAUUCACUAAUGAUUAAUGAAUAAUCAAUCCUUAAUAUGACGGCGUUUAACAGAACAUUUUGAAGAGAAACAACAGAACAUUUUUUGGAACAGACCUUGGACAUCGUCGGCGUCUACAAGCAACUCUUCAUGCGAUAUGGAGAGAAAGAAACUCGCAUAGGCAUGGUGAACAGCCACAUGAUGCAGCUCGCUUGGUCCAGUUUAUCGAGACAAGACAGUCAGGCUCAAGCUCCUUUCUGUUAAAGGAACAGGGCACAAACAUUUUGAAGAGAGUUUGAUGGUCUGGUUUGGGUCUAGAUGAGACUGGUAGUUUGAAUCAAGUCUCCAUUUUUUGAUUAUUUGUACAAAAAAUAAAGAAGUAGCACUUGAUGUAGUACAGUUUGAUUGAAUAAAAUUUACAUUCAUUCAAAAAAAAAAAUUGAACAUUUAGUAAAUCACUACUAAAUCGUUACUUUGGCCCAACCCAACACAAAAUUCACUAAAGCCUUGACUGUUCAUAGUUAUUAUAAAAAAAGAUCAAAACAAUUAUCAAGAUUUUAGAAAAAUAGAUUCUAUAUAUUUUGAAGAAACAAGUACCCAUUUAUGAACAUGCCUAAAUGUAGAGAAGUUUUAAUUUGAGAGUGUUGUUUAUUUUGGAACAGCAAUAAGAGAGUUGGUGUUUGACUUCAACAUAUAUUUUACCAACUUUAAUAUAACUAAAAUGGUAAAUUUGUUUGUUAUUAUAGGCAUGAGUUCAUCUUUGACUUGUUGUUCUAUUGUUUUUCGAAUUUCAUAUUACUGUUGAAAUCCAAUCCAUCACCUAAAUUCCACAUCAACGAAGAAGGUUCUACGUGAAUUUUGAAAAUACAUUAAAAAAGCACCAAAACUAAUUAGUUUGGUUUUGGUUAAUUCCAAUAACAGUUGAUGAACACAUAUACAUACAGCUUUUGGUCUUAAUUUGCCACUUAGCUUCUGCAAAUUUGGUUUCGACUUCCAUUUACAGAUGUUGUAUCAUCCUUAUUCGUAUGAAAUAUUUUUCUUCUGAUGUAUAAAACUAUAAACUGUUCUUUGACUAAUAACUUGUUGGCUUCAUAACUACUUAUGCAACUCGAACAUUUUAUAUAUAUAUAUAUAUAUAUUAAUCUACAAUAUUAGAUAUUUGACUUCACAUUAAAAUAUAUAAACGAGUAAACGACCACGUAAUUAGGACCAAGAAAAUGGUAGAAGAUCUCAUAUUCAACCAUGUUCGUAACUAUAUUUUAAUCAUCAUGCAAGAGAAAGUGGUUUAGUAAGAUAAAUCACUCACUUACGACAGUUAAAAUAAUGUUAAAAUACAUUAAUUUAUUAUACGAUGAGCUUUGGGCAAAGCUUCCCUUGUUGACUUGUCAACAAGACACGAGACUCCAAAACGCACGAGUGGGUUGUUUGACUAACUCAAGAGCUCUUUGACUAAUUUGACGGGAUGAUACGUCCAAUUUAAUAUUAUCUUAUACCAGUCCAAAUCUAACAAACAAUCUUGAUGUUCUUGGUUUCUCUUAGAGAUACAAUAUGUAUAACUAUUCAUUAAAUAAUGCUCCCUAACAUGUUAAGUCCUAUAUGGAAAUUGUCGAGUCUUGUUAUCUUCAUGUGUGUUGGUAUAUAAACUUGAACUACAUGGGCUUAUGUACUUUAUAUGGAAAUGAUUUGCUGGAUUAUUAAUUAUUUAGAUUAGUAAAUUGCUUAUUUACGAUUUUGAUGGAUUAUUAUAUAGUAAGCCCAGUAGAGAAAACAAUUCACACAUCUUAUUGACGUUUUCACACUUUCAUGAUUAUUGUUUAUAAUUUUAUUGUUGUUGAUAGCCAUCGUACAUAACAAGCCCCUUUUUAAGUUGGGGCAAAAUUAUGUAUGAUAAUAAAAAGCGAAAGAAGUAAAGCAGUUUUCUGUGACAAAGCUGUGUUUAACGACAAAAUGUAUGUCUUUAAACAAACAUCAUGUUUUCUUUGUGAAGCAUUAAGAGAAAAGAUGAGCGAAAAAGAAAAAUAAUUAAAAAGGAACUUGUGUUCUCCACUUUGGAGGAAACCACGCAUUGCUUAUAAUAUAAGUUUGAAACUUCUUUAAUUGUAAUCCUAAAUAUUACUCUAUGUUCCCUAUUAGGUUGGUUUUCAUUCAUAUUAUAUAUAACCUUUCAUAUUUGCUUUCACAUUUAACAUUCCGCCUUGCCGGUUUCACUAGGAAACGUGGGUGAAUUCAUAUAAUAAAACAUAUGAAGUAAGCUGAGAUUAAUAGUUAGUAUUAGAAACUUCCAACAAGAAACUUCACAAAUACAGUACAUGUUUUAAGUAAUGCAUGCAUACCAACUCUUUACUAUACUAUAAGCCAUCGUAAUAUCCUAUAUCCUCAACAAAAAAAAAAGUAGCAAUAUAUUUCUCCGGUCAUCUUUUGUGUGGAUGGGUUGCUGUUCAGGUAAAAUAUACAAAUUAUAUCAACACGACAAGUCGGACAGCGAGUACACAAAGCUAAAAAUAUACUCCUUCUAUACCUGAAAAUAAGAUUUUUUAGAGUAUUCAUGCUUAUUAAAAAUUUAAUAAAUAUUUAUAAUUUAAUUUAUUUUUAAUUUUAUUAUACACAUUCCAAUAAUUUUCUAUCAAUAAAAUUUAAUCAAUUCAAAUAUUUUUAAUUAAUAUUUUUCAAAAGUAUAAAAAAUACCUUAACAAUAUAGAAAAUCUAUUUUUGUGCAACAAAAAAAUAAUUUUAAAAAUCUUACUUUCAGAAACGGAGAGAGUACGUGACAAACUGGAUCAUUCCUUUGUUGUUAUUUAUUUCAAGAAAAUAAACUAUUUAUCAAAAAGAAAUUAUACAGAGUAUGUCGUGUAGCAAUUUUCCCUCUAUACUAAACUAGUGUUAUAAACUAAAACAUAAAAGAUUUGGAAUAUAAUGUAGAGCAACCGGAUUUGAAAUAUAUUGAAUGUGAAUCCAGGGAUAGCUGUGUAUUUCAAAUAGCAAUAAUAAAAUGUUAAAAAGAAGAAGUACGUAUAGUUUUGUUCAAAGUAGGUAGUAUAAUUGUCAAAACGAGUCGUUUAUAUAGUCCACUUCAUAUCAAUUGAUAAUGGAGUUUUACUUCCGUUCCACCUUACAUUUUUUCAACACAAUUGUUAAAUUAAUUGUUGUUAAUAAAACUUCUUAUUUUGCGGCCUUUAUUCAACUGAGUCAUAUUCUGAUCUUUAUAAGUGUGACUAGCGGAGAUUUUUCAUCUUGGUUCAGCUAGAUUUAUGGUUAAUAAUGUCUAUCCUUUUUUAUAAUUAUCAUCCUGAAAAUCUGUAAGAUUAUUCGUGUUUUGACCUAGAAAAUUUAUUAGACAUGUGACUUGUUAUUUGUUAACUUAGUCUAAGUAUGAUGAAUUGUUAGACGUCUAAUACUAUGAAUUUUUGUAGACUAAGUUAAUCCAGACGUUUAGCUAAUCCAGACGUUUAGCUAAUCUAAGAUAUAGUUCAUUCUUCAAAAAUGAGCGGAGAGAUGACAUACUACUAGUUAGUCCUAUCUAUUUUUGGACUUUCAGUAAUAUCUGAUUUUGUUUUGUUUUUGGCGUACAUAUAUGUUUUUUUUUUUUUUUUUGAAACAAACGUACAUAUAUGUUCAAAAAUAUAUAAUAAUAAUGAAUGGAAGGGCUGUCAUUGUUCAAGGAGGACUUUGUAUGCUUAAAGAGCCAUUGAAUCUAGACUUCAAACUACUUAUCGCAUGUCUCAUUCAGACCGAAUUUUAUAAACCUCAGAGAUGUUAAAAAAAGAAGAAGAAAAAACAUUAUAAAUCUAAAAUUUAUCGAAAUCUACAGUUUGUAUCCUACUUAUCGUUUAUUUCUCUAUUAAGAUCACAUUUCAUAAAGAAAGUCUAAUACAGUCAGAGUUUCAAAUCAAAACUAAUCCAUAUGAUUGAUUGUAAAUACAUCAUAAUACAUUAGUUAUAACUAAAAUGCACAAUUAAGAUGCUAACCUAUCUACUAAACGUCUGGAUUAGCUGAAUGCCGAUAUGAGUCAUCGGCAUAUAUUUGUAUUUUAGAUUCAAAAGCAAAGAAGAUGUAAAAGCACUUAGUAAUUCUUAAUUUGUAUCUAUACAUUUCUGGAACAAUAUCAUCAUCGCCUGUCGUCAUUUUCAUAUGCAUUUUUCAAGUGUAAUCAUUUCAGAUUAAUCUUAUCCAUAAAACCAUUUUCGUGCGUUGUUAUAGAUUACUUUAAAUAAGUUAUGUAUACGUGACGGGUAAAAUUAUAUGCAAAAGUGGUCCUGAAAACACACAUGCCCUGGCAUUAACCAAUACACGUAAGCUUAUUCAAGAUUUGGAACUUUGGAAUGACAAAACCUAUUAUAUAAUGAUUUAGUGAAAGUUUGAUGGCCUGUUGUCCGUGGGUUCUGUUUCAUUAACAAAAAGAAAUUAUUUUUCGGAUAUGUUUUAAAUAUUGCAGCUAAACCUACUUACUCCAAAAUAAACUCAAGGUAUUUGGCAUAUAUGACGAAAAUUUAUGGUUCCAUGGAUAGCAAACCAGCUAACACAAAGAUAAAUUGUAUGCGAAAAUCAACGGAAGACAACGAUAGAAGAUAUAUAUUAUGCAUGGAUGAUAUAACCAAUACAUUUUAAAAUAAAUCAUCUAAUAUUUCACCAUUUUUAUUCUAGUUUUGUUUUGUUAAAGACAUCUUUUUCAUUCUUUUUCAGAAUUUGCAGUUUGAUCUGUUCACAUUGUUUCGGUUUUGUGGAAAUACAUACGUAUUUACUAACAUUCAAUUUCUUGGACUUGUUUACGACAUUCGUGACCACAUAACAUGUUAAAUUGCGGCGAAACUUAUAAAAAGAAAAAGUGUAAUUUUCUCAUAUUAUUAUAUAAGACAAAAUACCAGUAUACAUGAAUACAUGGAUGUAUGCGAGCGUGUGUGAUGUGGUUCUAGGUGGUUCCUUUGGAUUUGUGCCUACUAAUGAUGCCCACAAAUAUUCUUUGGCACAUUGUUUAUUGUUUCACAAUUUGGCCUAAUCACAUAACUUAUGAAAACCAAGUACACUUUAUUACCUCUUUAUUUUAGUUAUUUUCAUUAAUCAGAUUACGAUAUCAACCAACUAAUCUAAUUAGAGUUCACGAAGAAAAAUAUUUAUUUCAGUAUUUGGCACAUUGUUUAUUGAUUCACAAUUUGGCCUAAUCACAUAACUUAUGAAAACCAAGUAUACAUUAUUAACUCUUUAUUUUAAUUAUUUUCAUUAAUUUAACGAUGAAAAUAAAUAAUCUAAUUAGAGUUUACCAAGAAAAAGAUGUAUUUCAGUAUUUGGCACAUUGUUUAUUGAUUCAAAAUUGGGCCUAAUCACAUUAUUAAAACCAAGUAUACAUUAUUAACUCUUUAUUUUAAUUAUUAUUAUUAGUUUAAUGAAUUACCGUUUAUCAAGUCUUAACAAUACUAAAUAUAGAAGCUAUUAAACCUAAACAUAUCAGAUAUCUUUUUUUUUUUGAACACAAAAACAUAUCAGAUAUCUAAAGAGUAAUUUUCAAUAUAAGAAUGUGGCUUCCUAAAAGAAAGACAUGCAUGUGUGGAUCUAAGACAAAUCAUUUCUCCAUAUAUACAUGUGUUUAUUAUAUUAUGUGUUUUAUAAUUGUGAGUGUGUAUCAAGUCAUUUACACUUCGCUCACUUUAUAGUGACAACACGUGAUGUCCGUGCCACCUGAAUAUUGUCUUCUUGUCAAUGUGAAAGUCCAUCAAAUUCGGAAUGUGCAUAUACUAGAUAUUCUUGUUUGAUUUUUGUGGUAGUGAAGGUUUGGGGAUACUAUAAUGUUCAAUUUUUUUUGAAACUAUAUAAUGUUCAAUUUCGUAUUGUAUGGUUUCCACUUGGUUGAAAUUUGGGAUAAUACCAACAAUGACAAGCAAACAUACAUUAUCUUAGCGAUCGUGUAUCUAUAUUAGACGUCGGUUGCAACCAAGCUAAGUUAAUUCAAUCCGUGUAACAUAGUUGGAUCUUUAACAAAGAAAACAAAGGCAAAACUUAGUUGGAUUAGUGUUUGAGUAGAUUACUUUUAGAAAUGGGAAUUUUAAAUUAUAAAAGUAAUUAAGUCCCCUUGCCACAUCUCAAAGACUUAAAAACAUUGAUUUUGAUCAGCAAAAUGAGUUCAUAUAUUGCCAAGUUGACAAUUUGAUGCAUUAUUAAUUAGUUCGGUAUCGUUUACUAGUAGGUUUUGGAUUUUGCAUUUAAAUGUACAAAAGGUAUAGUGAAUGAUAUUUCAUUAAUUACAGCAAUUUGUGUAGUUGCUUUGAGCGUGGCUGCGUGGGGUAUUUUUGGUGGGUGGUCCUAUUUUUAAUAAUUCUUGGUUAAUUUGUGUAACGUUAUAUACGUUUGUUGGAAUAAGUCAUGCUACAGUAAAUUGUUAAAGAAACAUCAGAGACGUUUUUAAAAAUAAAUGAUCCGCCAUUAUUUACGCUCUAUAAUCUGUGAUCAUAUAUAUAGCGAUAGCAUUGGCCACUCGUUAAACAAACAUCAAUUAUUUCUUAAAACUAGGUUGCUGAUUUUUCCUAUCUCGAUUUGUUUUCUUUUCCUUUUUUUUGGUAUGAAUGUUAAGAUAUCUUGAACUGUUUUCGGAUUUGAAAAAGACUAUAAAUGCAUUAGGGCUUAAAUAUAUGCUUCAAUGAUAUAUGCAUGUUAAUUUGAUGCAGAUAAAAUUGGCGUGUAUAUAAUAAUAUGAUAGAGUGACGGAAUUAUUUUACAUCUAGCUAGAAUCUGGGGUAUAUUCUAAAUCCAUGGGCAGGCGUACAUGUAUAUAAAAAAAUUUUUUUUGACAAAGAAUACAUACAAUAUGUGUAUAUUGCAUGUAUAUCUCAUUAUUUGUAUUAAAUUUUAUGAAAUUCUUUUUUUUUUUGUUGCUAACAUAAUUUUAUGAAAUUCCCGCAGUCAUCCAAUUCAAAUCGUGCUUGAAGGCUUGAGAGCUUUCAAAUACUUAAGUGACAUUAACCAAAGUUCGCUUGGUGAAGUUAUACAUAUCAACUUGUCCUUUUGAUAUAUACACAUUGAAAAAAACGAAGGUUCAAAAAUCAAAAUGGCAUGUCCUCUUAUUACCAUGAAUUUUGGGUCCUCUUAUUACCAUGAAUUUGGAGCUUUUAAGGUCGGAAUGAAGUGGAUAAAUUUAAAAUAAAAUAAAAACUCUUCAGCGCAAACAUAAAUAUUAUUGCAACUUGUUUAAAAUAAUGAAAAACUCAAUUCAUAUAUGGAAAAUAAAUACAAAUUAGUUAUCAACAAAAUAAGAAAACAGAAACUCAGUAUGCUACACACAGGGUUUUUUUUUUUUUAGAACUAAGUACUACACACAGAAUUGGAAGUCAGCGGGUCAACUUUAAAAACUUAGUGCUUAAUUAAGUGCUAAGUGAUAAUUAACCCUUUAAUCCUCCAGAGUCUAUUAACUGAUAUUUUAACUGGACGGCAUCUUUCUCUACGUGUAGACUUCUAGCAUCAUUAAUUAAAGACGACAACGUGUUUUUGCACAAAAUUAACUAUUCUGGAGCAUGUUGUUCUUAAAUACUACUACUAUAUAGUACAAGUUGCUUCUUUUUGAACUUGAAAUACAGGCUUUUAUUGGCAGCUUUAUUUUAGAAUUAGUGUUCAUUCUAUCAUCAACGUAGCAUAAUAUUUAUAUAGCGGUUAGUUUUUUUUGUUUUGCUAAGAUUUUGUAGCGGUUAGUUUUAUUAUAUAUGUAUAUGAAAAGAUCAAACAAUAAUUAAAAAAAAAUCGAAUAACUUUCAAAGGAGAGAAUAAACAAUAUGAAUAGCGGAGCUAGAAUACGUAGUAUGUGAAUUUUUGUAAGAAAACAAAAUUUUACAUGUACUUCUUACAUAAAGAUUUAAUGAAUUUGGUUUAUUGAAAAUAAUUGGCUUAUUGAUCCUUGUAAAAUAUAUGUAUUAUCAGUUUAGCCUUGUAAAAAAAUUAUAUUAUUAUGCUUAGUUUAUAUUUUAACAUACUGCAAGAUUCUGUUUAAUUAUUAUUACUCAUAUAAUAUAUGCGUGUGUGUAUGUAAGGAAGAAAUGCCACAUGCCUUCAAAUAUAAUCUAAAACUAAUUUUAGAAAAAAAUGAAAUAAAGUUUACAAUACCAAUCUUAUUAUAACACCAUCAUUCCAUACUAUAAAAUUUACAUAUGUAAAAAUUGUAUCGGCUAAGGGCACGUGUUUCAAUCAUUGUAAUUAUAAAGUUUGAGGAAUCAAAAUUCAAAAUGUAAAAUCCCUCGUUAGUAAGCUAACUCAUAAUAUUGCUUUAAUGCUUGUAAAAUUCGUACGAUGGAACUUGGAAGCUUACCUUGCAUAAGAGAAUAUUUGUUCAGCCAAAUGGACUAUUCGUUUUCGAUAGUUUCCCUUUUUAUACAUCAUGAAUAUAUAACUUCAAAAAGGAAUUUGAGUUUAAAAAAGUUUACAAACCGAAUGGGGAGUAUUUAAGAUAAUAAUUAAUAAAUCAAUAAACACAGUUCUUAUAUUACGGCUGUCUAUUCCCCUCUUCGCACAUGUUCCAAAUAAUUUUAAAAAUAAAAGGAAAAAUUGAAAACUAUCAUCUUUUCUCUUCUAUAAAACCCACAACUUCUCUUUUUCUUGUGCAUCCAAAACUCAUCCUUUCUCUAUCUACACAUAACUCCAAAAAAAUAUAUCAAUUUCUCUCUCUCUCAAAACCACAUAGAAAAAAGUAGAAAGACUCGAUCGUUUUGCUCGAGGGUCUCUUCUGCUUGCAUCAAUGGAUGAGAGAGGAAGACGCUUGAAGAACAACAACAUGGAAGACGAUAUGGACCUGAAAAGAGGUCCAUGGACCGCAGAAGAAGAUUGUAAGCUCAUAAAUUACAUUG